GGCUCUCCGACCCUCUGCCCCAUCCACUCAAUCUGUAGGACCUCCUGUAGGACUGCCGUCUUGUAGUGGGUGUGGCUGUCUGCAGCAAAUUCUAAACCCAUCGGCCAAACGCCGUAAUUUUUUUUUUCCCCAGACACGGCGAGGAACGACAUUCCAAAUCAUCACCAAUUUGGCUUCGUACAAAAAUGCGACAAUAGAAACUUCAUGUGGCAAGUUCAGUGGAAAUGGACUUCAAAGCACUCCAGCUGCAGACCAUCGAGCUCCGCAGCCGGCCGUUCGGCAAGCGCGCUAUCGCCUGGUCCUCUGACGCCGAGCUGGCCGUCGCGGCAGACGAUUCGGUCUCCGUCUUCGUGCCGCACUUCCCCAGGCCCGACCCUGACCCCCAGCCGGCGUCAGAGGGCGGUGGUGGCGGCGAAGGCAACGAUGACACGACAGCGGCAAACGGAGUGGCCAAUGGGGCCGGGUUUAAUAGCCAGGGCCCCGUGCCUCUCAAGCCGCAGUACUCGGACGGCCAGCGCCGCAUCCCCAUCGCCCUGCCGCGCGUCAACCCGCGCGUCAACCGCCACCUGUUCCACGCCGCCGGCCUGGAGUGCCCCUACGACCCCUACGACUCGGACCUGUCCGAGGGCGAGUGCGGCGGCGGCGGCGGCGCUGCGGCACCCGAGGUGGAGGAUGGCGAACGCCAGGACGGCGAUAACGACGACGACGACGACGUCGACAUGAGCGACGGGAACCGCGGCGGGGGCACCGCCAGGGACAUGAAGCGGCAGAAGCGCGACCGCGAAAGGCAGCAGCAGCAAGAGCAGCUCCUCAAGCAGCAGCGGCAGCAGUACCGGCGGCAGAUCAGCGACACGCGCGACCCCAACAACCCGUUCCGCGUGGCGGGCGCGGGCUCGCCCGGCGGCAACUUCACGUCCGUCGGCGCGACACUCAACCACGUCGUGUCGCUGGCCUGGUCGCCGCCCAUCGGCCGCAACGGCCGCUGCCUGCUGGCCGUGCACUCGGCCGCCGGCUACGUGGCCGUCUACGGCGAGCCGCUGGUGGUGGCCGACAGGCAAGAACAACAGCAGCAGCCCCGCCUCGGCGACCGCUAUGACGCAGAAGGAUGGGAGGUUCUCUGGGGCGUCGGCGAGCGCCUCGCCGUCCCGCCCCAGCGCGCCUGGGGCGAGGCCUUCCGGUCCUUCGCCUGGAGCCGCGAGCUGUGGCCCGGCCGCGCCCUGCUGGCGCUGCAGACGGACGCGUACGAGGUCGUGGUCCUGGCCGUGCGGACGCGCGCGCCGCCGACGGGCGAAAAGGAGGGAGAUAUAGAUGGUGGAGGCGACGACUGGGCGCGCGGGGAUCUGACGGCCGGCUGGCGCGUCGAGGAGGUCGCGCGGUUCGAUGCGAGGGGCCCGCACCCCGCCGGCUGCGUCCGAGACCUUGACUAUGUGCCGUACAAGACGGGGCUGGGGCUGGCGUUUGGGCCGUGCCUGACGACACCGGCGACGGCCGCGGGGGGCGAGGCCAAGGAGUGCCUUCUUGGUUUCCUGGCUCGUAACUAUGUCGGGUUCCGCAAGAUCACCAUCAAAAAGGAAUGGUCUGACGGGCAGGGCUUCGUCCAGGCCGCCGAGGCCGACGUGCACGGAGAGUGCUUGUUCAUGUCGACGGAUGCCUUUUUGACAUUUGAGGACGCGAUCUGGAACAUUGACGGCCACAAGGUCUGCCGUGCCAUCGUUGCUACUCCUUUCACGCCCAAAAUAUUCAAGGUCAAGAUGUCAGCCACCGCCGUGCCUAUCGAAUCCCACCCUUUGAAGCAGUGCAACACCACGUAUCCUGCGCCCGAGGAGAGGUCAAACAACCCAAUUCAAGACUUGGUGAUACACCCUCCUAGCCUCCUCAAAACGACCGAUGCUCCUCUGUACACCCUGGUCCGCAUGUCGGCGUCGCAUGGCAGCACGGAUUGGUACCAGACCAACGCCGCGCUCGCCGACUACUCGUCCAAUGAAAGGAAUCCGCGGCCGAGAUGGGCUGUAGACAUCUCCCGCCGCCUCGAGAUAUCCAUGCCGAAGGAAAUGCUCGCUCGAGCAGGUGUCAAGGCGCUAGGGAUCGUAGGAGACGACGACGAUGACGAGGGCGACGGAGGAAAUGACGACGACGAUGACGACGAUGAUUUAGAUGACGCUGACGUAGACGAGGACGAGGACGAUGAGUGGGACUCCAACCGGGAGGCCGCCCGGAAUCAGCAUGGUGACAAGAUGGAUCUAGACGCAGACGACGAGGAGGACAGCGGCGACAGCGACGACUCUGGCAGCUCAAAGGAGCCCAGCAGACCGAGCAACGGCGAAUCACAGACAAACAGCGGCCCGCCGCUCCAACGCCAGCCCGGAGCCGACGAGACUAGCACCCCCGACGACACCGCAGCCCAAGCCACCGCCAAGCAGGCCCGCAAGCCCGGCGCGCUGCGGCAGGUCGAGACGUCGGACAACGUGCACAUUUGGCGCGCGCGGCUCUUCGGCGUGGCCCUGUCGCCCGGCGGCGGCUGCAGCGCGGCCGUGUGGGCCAAGACGGCGGCGGCCGUGGCCGAGCGCGGCGCCUGGCACCAGGCCCGCAGCACCGUCUCGUUCGACUUCCGGCCAGGCGGCGGCAGCGUCGGCGGCGGUAGCGAGGAGCAGGAGGAGGACCCAAGGCUCGCGCGGCUCUCGACCGAGGCGCGCGCCUUUGAGUGCCUGUACGGGCGCGGGCCGGCGGUGCCGGGCGUGACGGCGCCAGCUGAUGUCGACGAGGAGGGAGGAGUAGGAUCGGUGGCCGAGAUGAGGGGGUUACUAAAGGAUAAGGUGGCGGGCGCCGAGUGCCCAUACUGCAAGGGCGCUUUGGAGCGCACUGGGCGCUACUUUGCCUGUCCCGGGAAACACUUUUUUGAUUCUUGUAUCCUGACGGGAUAUCCAGUCCUCGAGCACGGCACCUCGAGGGUCUGCGGCGUUUGCGGUGUGCGCCGCCUUAAAACGGACGCGAUAGUCCCGAUCCUGGCAGAGCGGGAGGCCAGGAUCAGGGAGAUUGGGUUCCAGGCGAGCCGUUGUGUGCGGUGCGGAGGAAAGUAUAUUGACUGAGGAUGGGGCGCGGCUGUUCGGUCUUCCAGGUUAGGGGAGGACGUGUAAAAACACUCUGGCUUUAUGCAGGAUGGGCGACACCAUAGGCAACAGCUUCUUGUGUAUUGGGUGGAUGAGGAAGAUGAAGGCUUUGCUUAGAUAUGGGAACAGCGGAUGGAGCAAACACAGCCUUCCCGGCCCAAGCCUAUCACCGCCCGUCUGAACAUGCACCAGCCAUCUGAUCUUCCAAAUAUGACGUGUGUGCAC